CACGACCUGUGAGCUUUUUUAAUGGCUUCUGAUUUACAAAUUUCAUCAUAAACUUUUUAGGCUUAUCCAAUGAACCAUGAGCAACAUGUACAGAGGAUCUGAUAAAACAGAUAAGCUUCAGGCUUCAUCCUCCACACCGACGAAAUAUCAAAGAGUGGUGAUAACAAAUCAAGAAAAGAAGGGGUUUUCAUCUCAAGCAAAGAGAUUCCCCUCACAAGUCUGUCUGAAUGACAACCCAGGACCGGGCAGCUAUGGCUGCAUUCCCAGUGCUGAAGUUACAAGUCCUUCCUUCUCAAAGAAAGGCACCACAGGCUUUGUUGCAUCCAAGGUUGCCCGGGGUUACAGAAACCCACAGAGAGCCGUCCCAGGACCAAAUGUUUACAACAUCCAGAGCUCGUUUAUAAACAAGUAUGAUUUCAACAUUGGGGUGUCCAGGGUGUUCAGGCUGCCUGUGGCUGUGCAGCUGGAUGCUCCGAAGCAUAAAACUCCAGCGCCAAAUCAAUAUGAUGUCAGUUGUGGUAGUAGAGAGAGAAUCUCCUCAGUGGUUGGUACAUCAGCUUUCCUCUCAAAAAUGGGACGUGACUCAUUUUACACAAACAACAAUGUGCCAUCACCAUGCCAAUAUGAGGUGAACAACCAUUUAAUCCAGCACAGCUCCAAGGCAGUUUUGUCCCCCUUCAAAUCUAAAACUCAGAGAAUCCCUGCUCUAGUGGACAACCACAUGCCGGGCCCAGGAGCCUACAGUCCCCACCAGGUCCCCGCACUGGUGAAGAAGGCCAUCCUACCGAGGGGGUGUUAUUUGGCAAUAUCAGCGCCUCCUCUGAUUGCUCCUAAGGAUCCACCCAUGCCAGGUCCCGGCCAGUAUGAUAUAGGGAAUUAUGAUGGCGCAUCCAAGCAUCCGAUGCUCACUGCUGCAUUUGCAUCAAGAACCAAAAGACUACCCGAACACUCAGGGGCUGAUAUGAAGCCAGGUCCAGUUACCCUGGAAAAGAAAAUGUGCAAUUCAUCCAUGUUUGAAGCCAGUACGUGAUAUUAAUUAAGAGGCGGAUUAACAGAAGUAUUUUUUUGGCCUGGAGCUGAAAAGGUAAAUUCUCCCUUUACACAAAGCUGUGACACAUUUAAACAAGGAAUGCCUCUGACUUUUAUGAUUUAAACAAGAGACCAAGCUCUCACUCAUUGAACAUGCAUCUCCAUCUCUUAUUGUCUGAAGCAAGAGAGCAGAGAACUCCCCUCAAUGUGGAAGCUGUCGUACUAUAUAAAGUUCACUCUGAUUUUAAAGUUUCAGUCAAAAUGAGAAAUGGUGAGAUAAGAACACGAUUUUUAGUGGCAGUAGCUCAGGUUAUCCGUUUGCCUCUGACUGUAGUCUGUCUGGUUGAAGGAGAUUGUAUAAUGUAACAGUAGCUGGACUUUCUCUUUCUCUUCUCAGGUUUUUAUAAUCCACAGAUUUUGUCAAAGCAGUCCUUCUUUUACAACGACUCCAGAGUCUGGAUUCCUGCAUGAAGCUUUCAAAGGAAACUGCAGUAACUGUAAAUUCUUCACAUGCAUAAACUGAUUAUCCUUAUGUGCAAGGGUUAGGUUCAUUUUUUUUAGAUCAGUAUUUACUGAGAGAGAAGGAUUAAAAGAAAGUGUUUGCAAUCAUUUAGUCUUUAUUUUGAUGUCUUUGAGGCCAGUGAGAUGUAAGACUGAGAUAUGGAGGAUCAAUCAUAUUCAGUAUUUAUCCAAACUGGAGAUGUGAGGGAAAAGCCAUAUGUUUUCUCCUCACCCUAGUUUCCUGAUGCUCUGAUCUGGAGAUGAUAUAGCAGUAAGUGUUGCUGCAGUUCCAACAGCUGCUGGUCCAGUCAGUGGCAGCCACAGUAACAGCUGACAGCUUGAGAUGACACCACUGUGCCAACUGCUGGAGGGCAGCACAGGGGUGGAGUGUGACUCUCUAUGUGAGCAAUGUGACUGACUGGGCAUGAGGCAGGGUUGGAGUUUAACCCAGAGACAAAUGGACACAUCAGUAACUGGCUCUAUCAGACCUUGUAUUGUUAGAGCAGUGGCUACAGCAAUUUUCUUGUUUUAAAGCAAUAGUUCCACAUGCUGGGAAGUUUGCUUGUUAGAUGACAAUAUUGACUGAUUAACAUAAUAGAUAUUUUCAUAAUAACAAUUUAUCAAAUGAUGUAAAGUCAAUGUUACAACAUAAAAGGGGUGAAUCUGCAGCUCCACUCAGCAUUAUGAGUUCAGCUCUCUGUUUAUCAGCGACUCACAAAUUUACUAUUUAGGUUGCAGGCCCACUGUCGUCUACCUGCUCAUCACCAAACAGCAGACAGAAACAGUUAUCGACUAGCUGUUGAACGUAGUGGAGCCGAUUGUGAGUCCGAUGAUUCCCUCAGGAGAUAGUGGAGACACAAGCAGAGCUAAAAGGGAGGGAGUAUAGGCCAGAAACACAACUCCAAAUGAAUAAUAAUGUUGAUCUGUUACUGCUGGUUGUUUAAAUAAGCAACUCUUUGCUAACUAGUGCACCAUAUCAACCAUAUUACAAUUGGUUUCCAUUGACCCUAAGUGGACAAAAAUCUGUUAUUGCAGAGUCCUUAAGAUUUUCAUGAAAUCAGAACCUGAUUUUAGAACCUGAAACUUAUGAUCAGCAUCUUACAGUGGCGUUUUCUCCCUUAGGCCGAGGGAAGCCAGGGGCCCCCUUGUCGUUUUAUACAAGAAACAACAAAACAUGUUUAUAAUUCAGGAAAAUCUCAUUGAUAACAGUUUCUGCCUCAAUCUGUGCAAAAAUCUAAAGAGUAAAAAGGACAAAGAGAGUGAGAGUUUUAUAAAUCUUCUCAUCUAAAUCACUGGAAAGUGAAUAAGUGAAUUUACCAACAUGUUGAACUUUAAGGCUGAGGAGAAAUUUUUACUCUGGAAAACUGGUAAAAACACUACCAUUGCUGCAGCUGCUUACAUGGAAAUUUCAGGGAGAUAAAUCCCUGGAAAUGACUGAACAAAACAACAACAUGGUGCCAAAGCAUUGUUACUUCUACCUCAUGCUUGUUUCCAUCUGCAAAGACAGAGGAUGCAAUCAACAGUGUCACCUGCUCGCAAAACAAUCAGCUGGAGAUUUUUCCCCAGCUCUGCUCUCAAUAACCACAACAACUGCAGACACGCCUGACUCCCACUGUAGCAGCUGUAGUUAUAUUCAGACUCUGACUUCAGCAGUGUGCUCUCCAAAUAUGUGUACUCGCCCUGUAAAACCAAACCAUUGUGUAAUUUGGGGCUUUUACAAUGAAAGAGGAUUUUAUUACUCUCUACUGUAGACAGUAGGGAGUAAUAAAGCCUGGUGUAACUGCUGGCUUUUUGGGUUAGAGGGUUUUUAUGUAGUGAUUUGUGACAGUGUGUUGGAGGGGGAAUGAACUACAUGCCUCUGUGGGUUUAUGGGAGGCUCUCUGCACUGCCCCAUGUCUCAGUCAGGUGCAGGCGAGUAUGGGCAUGCACGCCCUCCAAGGAAGUCUCAGAAAAAGAAAAAGCUCUCUGUUGAAGGCUACAGGCAGAAUGAUCUUAUCUGAUUAAAAAUCCUUCCUUCUUCAUUCAUUUAAGUGCUCUCACCAGGUUUACUGAUUGAUUUUAAAUUAGACCAAUAAUAGUCUGAGAGAGCUAAUAAAAGUGAUGCUGCCAGCAUCAGAGUGAAGAGAUCAUCAUUUCGAUGUAAGCUUAUGCCUGUUGCUUGGCAAUACAUCAGUAGAUUGCAGCAGAAUUUGUUAUGCUGUAUGGUGUAUUUAUGGAUCCUUGAGAAACAGAACAUGAGGUUAUAAUGAAAUUACACUAGGAAAAGAUGAGGGAAAGGAUUUUCCUGAUGGGAACUUUUAGCUGUAGUCUUUAUCGUUUUACUGCAUCUGUGUCUGAAAACCAUCAGCAGUGCAUCAGUCCUUUCACGGAUCAAGAUGUGCUCUGAUACAUUAGGUCAUUUAUUUAGAGGUUAUGUCUUUGAAAAUACACCCCACCCCCACUUCAUUCUCUCUUUGUUUUCUAGAAAAACAACACAGGUCCUCGAGGGCCUCUAAUCCUCUGAUAUCAGAUUUUUCAGGAGAAAUAGAAAAUCCAGAUCUGCAGUGUCAGACACGGAAACGCAGUAACAAAUACUCUGAUAUGGAAAUGGUAGUCUAUCGGUCUGGUGUGUUGUCAGAGAGACACUGGUUGUGAUGCAGAUGAACAUGAUAUUGAAGGUUUAUUGAACGCUCCCUGCAUUUGUCCGACCUACCCCUGAAUUACAUUUCCUGCCCUUGCAUUUCUGAAUCCCAUUACUGCAUCAACAAAUCCUUUUUAACAAGACUCCAGACUCAACAACAGAGACAGAGCCGUGCGCUGUUUCACAGACACCAGAAGUUGAAAUCCAUCCAUUAGUCCUGAUGGAACUGCUUCCUGUCGUGCGUUGCAGGGCGACCAGUAGAUUGAUUGGCAGUGGCUAUCUUUAGCCUUUAUUGACCAUGUUUAAAGGAAUACUUCAGACAUUAUCUGCUCACUCAUAAGUCUGCUGAAGUUUUUUGAAGGGUAAUUUUUAAGAAGGCUGAGCUGUAACUUUGCUUGUCCUGAAACUAAAGUUGCAAAAGACAGUUUUUAAAUUUAGGCUGAACUAUGAGGAAUGAGUGAAAUAAAAAGUGAAAAAUCCGGAAGUGCAAGACUCAGUAUCAGCCACAACCCAAGUGUUUGGAGUCCUGAAGUCUGUGAAGUCCUAAGUGUCUUCACCAGCUAAGUGGGUCAUGCAUAUUUUAUCUCUGUGGUAACACUGGUACAUUUGGUCCUUUAGUAUUCAGUGUAACAUCAUGUUAUAUUAUCUAUCUUGCUCUAAUAAGAGCCUGAAAUCAAAAUCAAAGGUUCUUAUUUGUAGUCAGUGCCUCUUUUUGUCCUGCUGAUUCAAGAGAAAAAUGAUGAUGACCUCAUCUAUAAUUAAUCUAAAUUUUUAAUCUAAAUGACCAAAAAAGCUUGUGGUCAGACUAUUUAUAAAAGGCCUCUUUUUAAAAAAAGAAAAAAAAAAAAAGAAUGGCACUCAUUGCUCCUCUAUAUUCAAGUAUGAGAGGAGACAUUAUUUUCAUAUAAUAAUCACUGAUGCAAAAGUGUUUUGACAAAAUCCAUAUUAUCCAUUAACUGAUAUUUAUGUGUUCCCAGAAUGAGACACUGUAUUUUGAUCAAAUUACGUAAAUAAACCGCUGUUUAAUAUCAUCAUGGUCUUUAAUGUAUAAUGUUAAGGUUUGUCAUCCUUCUGCUGCUUGUCUUGUUAUCACAGAAGACUGGGCCUACUCAGUGUCCUGCAGUGACAGGAGGGUCAUAUCAAUUAUUAAUUAGCUUGUCAUCACCAAUAAUCUGAUAGUGUCCUGUCACUUCUUAUACACGAGAAAUGUGGCUUAAGUGUGUCGUAUGCAACAUUUUGGUCUUACUGCUUAUCUCUAUAGAAAGCAUACUAUAGGAUCAUUUGUCAAUUUAUUGGUAGGCUUAUAGAGACCUAGGUGUUAUUUUUUGUUUGUGUCUUAUUAGUAUUCCAGAGAUGCUCCAAUGAAAUAUGUUUUCUUGUGAUAAUCAAUACUUAUUACAUGUUUAUGAAAUUAAUGUGUAUUUUUCCUAAAAAUGUCAUCGCAAUUUCCCAGAGCCUAAAGUGACAUCUGCUUGUUUUAUCCAACCAAAACUCCAAACCUCGAAAUUACUACAAAUAAUAUGUAAUAGAAAAUAACUAAAAGGAAAAUGCACCAAAUUUGGUUCGGUGGUUUUUUUAAUGGUUUUUGACUGUCAUCAAUAUAGUCAGGCUACUAAUUAUUUUUCUGUCAACCGUCUUAUCAAUAAAUCAACUAAUUUUAUCUGUA